AUGGAGGAGCAGAGAGAGAAGACGAUGCUGUUGGGCGCGGACAAGACGUCGGGCAAGGAGCACGGCCUCGGGCUGAUGCACCCCUGGGUCGACUACGCGGUGCACAUCCCCUUCCGGGUGCCCCGCAUCCCGCACUCGGAGGGCGCCACCUUCUGGGACAACUGGCUGCACCACACCGACAGUACGCCGCCAGUCAGCGACCCGGAAGCGUCCAAGUCGUCGCCGGCCGAGCCUGCGCCCACGCCGCCGUUGGCCGUGCGCCUGGGCGCCCUGCUGCUGCUCUUCCUCCUCGUGUUUGGACCCACCCUCAGCUACUCCUCCGUCGGCGCCCUCUACACACAACUCAAGACUGACAUGGGGUUCACAGAUGGGCAGCUCGGGUUUCUGUUCUCGGCCUACGCUCUCCCCAACAUCGUAGCCGUCUUCUUUGCCGGGGUGAUGGUGGACAGCCUGGGCGUCAACUUCUGCUGCCUCCUGUUCGCCGGCUCGCGGGCAACCUCCUGGCCCUGGGCCAAACCUACGCCUUCCUCCUCGCCGGCCGCCUCCUCUACGGCCUCGGCACCGAAUGCGUAUCAGGACGCGCUGCUGGCGCGAUGGUACUCGCACGACACGAAGGUGACCCUGUCCAUGGCGCUCGCCGUCUGUAUGCUCUCCUUCCGGUUGAGCUCCUUCGUCUCCAUGUUCGCCGUGCCGGAGAUCUACGCCCACUGGGGCUUCUUCGCGGUGCUCGCGGCCACGGCGGUGCUGGUCGGCGUCUCGUUCGCGGCCGCUGUCGGGCUCGUGGCGGUCGACAAGCGGUACGACGCCUACCUCCAGCCGGCCAGCGCCGACGGCGAGGAGUUCAGCUGGGCCAGCAUUCUCCACCUGCCGGCCCUCUUCUGGGCACUGGUGCUCACCACCUUCGGCACCUACGGCGCCGUGCUCCCCUUCAUCUCCUUCUCCAGCGAAUUCCUCCAACAGAAAUGGGGCAUGGCUGAUGUGGAGGCGUCGCGGGUGACGGCGAGCCUCUACUUGGCGGCCGCCCUGGUAAUGGUGCCCCUCGGCUUCAUCAUCGAUCGCUACGGUCACCGCGUGACGCUGACGUUCGUGGCGACGGUGCUGCCGGUGGUGGCCUACAGCCUGCUCCUCUUCACGUCGCUGACGCCGUUCGCCGGGUGCCUGCUGCUGGGCGUCACCCACGGCCUUCUCCCCGCCGCCGUGUUCCCGUCGAUCGCGCUCAUCGUGCCGCCCAAGCUGGUGGGCUCCGCCUACGGGCUCCUCACCUCGGCCCUCAACGCCGCCCUCUUCCUCUCGCCCUUCCUGCUGGGCCUCGUGCCCGACUUCAUCGCCGACGCGUCCCAAGCCAGCCACCUCGAGGGGGUGACGGUGGUCUCGCAGAUGCGUGUGGAGGUGCUGGUGGCCUUUGCGCUGGUGGGCUGCUGCGGGUCGGUGGUGGCGUGGCUGAUCGACGCCCGCACGGGCCACGUGCUCGAGCGCACCUGCGUGCUCAAGCUCGGCGCCAAGGUCAGCGACAACCUGCUCCGCCAGAGCCAACAGCUGUUCGAAGACGACCAGCCACCAAAGCCCCUUCGAUGA